AUGACUACCCGAAAGAGAAAGGCUGAAGAUGAGGAGCUCGUUGCUCUGCCCUCAGAUGAAAGUGAGGAGGAAGAUGAGUAUGAAGACUCCGAUGCCGAAGCAGUACCUCUGCUGUCGACUGGAUCAGAUGAAGAGGAAAGCGAUGAGGAUGAAGAGGAAUUAGAAGAGGAAAUUCAAGAGACCGCACCUCCAACCAAAAAGCGCAAAGUCGUCGCGAACGACGUGGCUGUCGACGAGAACGAAAUCGAUGACGGUGAAGCAUCCGGCGAUGACAACGAAACCGAACCCGAGGAUGAUGGAGUAGUAGAAGAAGAAGAUUCUGCUGCAGAAGAUGCAGUUGGUGGUUCGGGACCUACUAGUAAAGCUGCCGAGGUAAAGGGGGGAAUAGUUCCCGAAGAGGAUGAUUUGGAUGAGGUUCAAGAAGUCGUUGCCGAGGAUGAAGAUGAUGAGUAG